UGAACGCCCAAUUUCUUAACAAGUCAGCGUUUGUGCGAAAUACUCAAUAAGGGUUCAUUUCACCGCUUGGGCUUUGUACAACUGGGAAACGUGAGUAUAACGACCCGAGGUCCUCUGCAAGCUUCUAAAUAUUCUGGGCUGGUUUCAUUUUCCUUCAUGAUACCGCCUUCUGUACAAGAGCCUCCGGACUGGCCGCUGCCUGACCCUGUAAAAGACAGCGGCUGGUACGCCGAAAUCUGGCUCAAGUACCCACUCGUACCAGACCUUCAACCAACUCACUUUGGCCACAUCUUGCGAGCAAGGAGCAAAUUUCGAGUCAUCAUGAAUCAGUACUGCAACGCAGCGUUUUCUUCAAAUGGUACUGUUAGUCUUGAUGAGGCCAGGAGGCUUCAUGAACAACUGAAAAGUUGGUAUAGUGACUUAAGCCUAAGACGAUUGCACUCCCUGAUCAUUUUCAACUGCAGUAAGUGUAUACGUCCCUUACCUACUAAAUUCCAGAACGAAUGAGCCCGAUUGAUAAUUUUUUGGUUGUAAUAUACACUACUAUCAUUUACUGCUCAUGAUGUACGAACCUUUACUUGCCGUGAAUAAGGGUCCUGAUGUCGCCUUGCAACACAUUGUUGCCAAUGGAAAGAAAUAUCUUGAAACCCUGAUCCGUCUUUAUUAUCUCCGGC